GUUAGCCAAGAAUAACACUACUCUAUGAAUACAUAUCUACAAAUACUGUAAUAAAAGGCUUUAAAUGGAACAGUUGUUUGAGAAAGAUUGGGCCUUCAGUCAGAACCUUUUUCCAUCUGGGCUAUAGGUUCAGCUAUGCAAUCUGCAAUAACAAAAAUGACAAACCUGAAACAAGGUGUUUUUAAGUGAAAAUGUGUACUUCAUAGUAGGAUAAUGAGGUACACAAGAGGCCUGCUAACAUUAGUGUCACAUGAUUGAUUUGUAACUGAUGGUUUUACUUUUUUAGGUAUACAUUCUUUUGUACUUCCUGCUCAACUGACCAGACUUACAGAUACCAUAGAUUGCAUCUUAAUGCAAAAUGAUUUCAAAUAUGCAAGCAAGAAACAAUAGGAUUAUUAAGAAAAAUUGACGGCUGACCACCAAUGACAUUUCAUGAUUGCAAAAAUAUACAUCAUACAAUAUUUAGGUGAACUAUACAGUAACCACAGGUGCACACAAACACCAGGUAAAGGAACAAAUGGUUAUGUUGAUUUAAGUUGCCAGUUUCUGCCCAACAGCACAUUGCUUUUAUUAGACAGGCUUUAUCUCACAAGUUAUUUUGGGAAGAUUGCUUAAUUUUAACAGCAGUCACUCAUAGCCUGCACUGCUAAUGAAGGAGGUCCACUAUAUAAAGUAGUCUGGUUUGAGAUCGUUCUCAUUUCAGUUUCACAAGGAGAGAUCUGGAAUCUGCAUUGGAACUAACACGGGCAGCUGAAGUCUUGCUGAGCACUGCUUUUAUAAAGAUGCCAACCUGGGGAGGUGGAGCGAAGUGUGCUGCUUGUGAGAAGACUGUGUACCAUGCAGAGGAAAUGCAGUGCAAUGGACACAGUUUCCACAAAACAUGCUUCAUCUGCAUGGUCUGCAGGAAAGGGCUAGACAGCACUACGGUAGCAGCUCACGAGUCUGAAAUAUACUGCAAGACGUGCUAUGGGAAGAAGUAUGGUCCAAAGGGCUAUGGCUAUGGACAGAGUGCAGGAGCCCUGAGCUCGGACACAGAGGAGCAGCUAGGGACUGAACCACAGGAAACAAAGCCUCAACCCCCAGCAACAAAUUCCAACUCUAACAAAUUUGCCCAGAAGUUUGGUGGUGCAGAGAAGUGCUCUCGGUGUUCCAAAUCUGUCUAUGCUGCAGAAAAGAUGAUAGGAGGGGGGAAGCCUUGGCAUAAGACAUGCUUUCAGUGUGCCCUCUGUGGGAAAGGCCUGGAAUCGACAACAGUGACUGAUAAAGAUGGAGAAAUCUACUGUAAAGUUUGUUAUGCAAAAAACUUUGGUCCGAAAGGAAUGGGCCUUGGAAAUCUGGGAUGUGCUGGACAGCAAGAGUAAAUUGUCAAAAACAUUUAGAAACAUUUGUAUGCCCCCCCAAAAGUGUCUCAAAAACACUUCAGUUUAAUAAUGUAAAUGUUAUGUUCCUUUUUGAUUAACGGCAGUGACAUGUAAAGUUUGUCGGAUAUCUUUAUCUUUGCUCCACAAGGUAAUGCUUCUUUAAAUCUUUUACAGUAUAUAAUUAGAUAUACGCCAAUCUUCAAUUUUAGUGAUUGCUCCUUUAUUUUGUUGAGUUUUAGUAACCAGUUUGACUUUGUUAUAUAAAGUUAAAUUAUAUUUGGUUUAUUUUCAAACUCUAAAAUGAUUAUUAUAAUGGAGGUAAUUAAAUAAUAGCUCAAACAUGGGUGCAUUGUUAUUCCAGUUUCCAGACACCCCCACAUCAGAGCCAUACUUCAUAAGAGUUGUUGAUUUAAUUCGUUUUUUUUUUUUAUUUGUGCAUGUAUCCACUUAAACUGGGUAAUGCACCUAUUACUGUGGAACUCAGAUUUGAUCCGCUUUCUUAAAGAAGCAUGCAUAAUCAACAUUCUGCAUUUGAGCAAACUGCAGAAUGCAAAC